UCUUAUUUGGCUGGAAUAAUCAAGGAUACCGUUGUCUAGGCGCAUGCGUUGUCUUGGUAACAGUCUUUAUAGCAACAUAAUGAAUAUUUCUAGUUCAUAUUUCAACGGUCUAGGUAGGCCAUACGCGUUUUUGCUUGAUGUUAAUUAUUUGCAAUAGAAAUUUCAGUAAAGUAGAAAAUGGCUCAACUUAACUGUCCACCCUGUACGCCGUGUGCAUCCGUGUGUAUCGAACAUCAACCAAUCCAAACGGAAACUUCGGUUGAUAAUCCAUUUCAUAAGCCCAGAGAACCGUCGGCAGCGGACAUUCAUGCAUAUCAGCAAGAGCUACAAACGAGCCCGGUCGGAUUGCCUGCUAGUGACCCACCGCCGUAUCUUCCGCAACGGGUUGGAAACUCGGACGGAUAUCCUUUGGCAAAACCGAUGGGUCCGAUCGGCCCUUGGGCUACUGGUCGUGUCGAUUGGGGUGCUUUGUCCGGUCAAACCGGAACACGUCCCGUAGUCAACCAGUACUCUAUUACGCGUUACAGUGUGGACGAAUGGCGCCAGAGAAACGCGAAUAUGAUAAAUGCAUGCGACACCACCGUCGAUCAAAGCGUUCAGGUGGAAAAUGCAAGUAAAAAUACGAUCAUACGUACAUACGCCAUAGCGGACAAAACGCAAACCGAUUGCACUCAUAGUUUGCACGUGCGGGCCAAAAAUAUAGAUAACUUAAAAUGUGAACUGAAUCGAGCCAUUUCCAGCAUGCAGGAGGAAAUAGCCGCUCUCGAACGACAACGCAGACGCUUGAAGCAAUCACUAGCAGUGCUUCGUAUGCCAGAAGCAAUCGCAAACGAGUGCUUGGAACGCCGUACGGGUCGUCCGGACACGGAAUUAAUUCGCGAUCGGCCCGAAGAGGAGUUGAUACAAGAAAUUAGUUUGAUUUCGGAGAUAAAAGCGAUUUUGCUGCAAACGCUUGCUAACAUUGAGCUGCAGCAAAGCGAUAACCGAGCUGUGCGGCAGCGAAUGGAAUUUGAUUGGAGUGAGAAAAAGGUGGCCCACGAAAACGAUGCCAUUAAUUGUAACCUACGCAACCAAUCCACUAACACGUUGUUCAAGCCCGGUGCUACCAGAUGCUCUAAUGAGCAAUCAACUGAAAUCUAUUGGGAAAAAUUCACACGUGAGACGCUGGACAUGUACCAGAACUGUCGCCAUAAGUCGGAACAAUUGCGGAACACGCUGGAUGCAAUACUUACAAACGCGGCUAGGGAUCUGCGUACACAGGCCGAUAGCGUGGAGCGGGCUCUAGCUACACGUAUAUCUUGCAUGGAAGAAAUUCGAGAAAAGCUGGAGAUUGAUCUGCGAACUAUUCUGCAGCGUUUGGCAGAUACGGAAAUUCAAAUCGAAAAAUUAAAGGUGGCAAUAAGAAACAUGGAUUACUCCAUGAUGGUUGUACAAACUCGUCUGGAUAAUCGCAAUCAACGGCCAAGGGUGGAAAACUGUCGUGACCAACCGCAAAAUUUACUCACUGCCGAAGUAAAAUCACUGGAGGUGGGAACAUCAGCCAUGAACGCUCAGCUGAAACAGGAAGAGGACGUAAAGCAGGAGCUGGUUAACCGUCGCAAUGAAUUGGAACGGGAAAUCAUGCUGAAGAGGCGCACUAUCGCUAUCGAUCGUGACCGUUGCCAACUGCUGAGAUCACAUUUUCCUUCAUCCACUGCCUUGAGUGGUUACUGAAAGCUUACCAAGAGGAAGAAUCUCGAUUGCGCUGCUAGUUGGUAAUCACAUUUUAUUUAUGCAUUUCGAUAGCACCUGCGUUGCACCUAAUUGUUCACAAACAAUUCCCAUCCCAUCCACUGCACGAGUUUGAAUGCUAAAUACACUGGAAUGAGCGUUAGUGAGAUGUACACGUAAUAACUGAUAUCUUCCUCCAUUCGAAGCACAUACUGUUUGGCAUUAACACAUAAAUGCUUCUUGCUUAUAAA